UAGAUUAAUCCCAACAUGGCUUCAUCAGGCAAGAAGGGUAAAAAGACUAAAGGUAAAGUAGUACCUUGGCAGGAGUUUAUUGCGACGCAGACGCCUGCAGCUUUACCAAUUCGAAAAGGUAGCAGCUGGGCAGAUGAAGUUGAAAGUGAUGAUAAUUUUGACAUUCGGCCGCGGCCUGCCUUGCCAUCAGGCCCCAGAGCUAGCCGAGAAGUUGAUGAUAGUGCUGUGCCUCAUCAACCACCUUACAUAGCUUAUGUUUCUAAUUUACCUUAUGAUAUUGAGGAAGAUGAUCUUCGGGAUUUAUUUGCUGAUAUGCAGAUUGAGUCAUUGAGAAUACCUCGAGAUGAUAGAGAUGGUGAGGGAGGCAGGACUAAAGGUUUUGGUUACGUUGAAUUCUCAGAAAGAAGUGGUCUUGUAGGGGCUAUAUCCAUAGUAGAUCCGGUUGUAAAAGCUCGAAGAGUAAGAAUUGAGGUAGCAAAUGAAAAUGAGCGUCGGCGAGGAGGAAACAAUCGUGACAGAGAUCGUGGGGACAUGAAUCGUUCAGAUGUUAUGCAUGAUCCUGAGAGAACAACUGGUAACUGGAGACAAGGGGGUGGCACAGGACCUCCACCUGUAGAUUCCCCUUCCAAUAGGGGAAGUAAUUAUCGUAAUAAUGAUCGAGAUAGAGACCGCGAGCGCGAUGGACCUACAGAAAGUAAUACUAGACCUGGUGCUUGGCGUGAUUCAAAUGAGAGAUCAGCUUUCCACGAGGACCACCGAGAUUCUAGAGAUCGACCCAGUUUUAGAAGUGAACGUGGUGCAAAUGAUCGUAAUUUUAAUAGAGAUGAUCGGAACUUCAGCAGGGAUGAUCGCGAUAGAUUUAGUAGAGAAGACAGAUUCAGUCGUGGUGAAGAAAGAUUUGGAGGAGAAAGAAGGCUUGGUGGAGGAUUUGGACCUCGAAGAAAUUAUGAUGACAGAAACCGAGAUGAACCUAGGAGGGAAGAUAAAGGUGAACCAAGGACAAGACCUAAAUUACAACUAGCACCAAGGAGUAUUCCUUUGGAGAAACCAUCAGUUGAGAAACCUGAAGUUAAAGAAGAAACUAAGGAAGAAAAGUCUCCAUCUCAAAACAUCUUUGGAGCUGCCAAACCUGUUGAUACAGCAUCUAGGGAAAGGCAGAUUGAAAGUAGGCUGGAAAAGGAACGUGAACUCAAAACUGAUACCAAAGCUGGUGGUGAUACCAAAGAGAAUGAUCGUAAAUUUAAAAAAACAGAAAUUGAGGACCAUUCUCCAAAAUUAGAAAUGCAAGGAAAUGAUGAGAGGCGUACGAAUAAUAAAGAAAUAAGCAGGGCACAAAAUAAAAUUGAUAAUCGGAAACAUGAAAAGAGGGAAGUACGGGACUCUCGCACUGAUGAGGAACGCAUGCCUAAAUUGAAAGAACAACAAACACCGAACUUUGCGGGUUCCAAUAAAUAUGCAUUCUUAGAAAAUGAUUCUGAGUAGUUAGAAAUUGAUGACGGGUUACAAUUUGUCUAAUUUGCAGUGAUGUGAAACUGCAAGCAUAAAAAUGUGGUAAUUUUGGAACCGAUUAUAUUUUUUGUCACGAAAUCUGAAUA